AUGGGAAAUUUUGUUGGACCAAGAAAAAAAUUAUCAAGAGAAGAUUUAACAUUUCUUAAAGAGAAUACACAUUUUACUAAACGACAAAUUAAACAAUGGUAUAAUGGAUUUAUACGUGAUUGUCCAUCAGGUCAAUUAAGUAAAAAGAAAUUUAUUGAAGUUUAUUCUGGAUUUUUCCCUGAUGGUAAUGCUGAAAAAUUUUGUACACAUGUAUUUCGUACAUUCGAUAAAGAUAAUUCUGGUCGAAUUGAUUUUAAAGAAUUUUUAUUAGCUAUUAAUAUAACAUCAGGUGGUGAUCCAGAAGAGAAAUUAGAAUGGGCUUAUCAAAUGUAUGAUAUUGAUGGUAAUGGUACUAUAGAACGAACUGAAAUGGUUGAAAUUAUUCGAGCUAUUUAUUCAAUGCUUGGUACAGAUAAUACAGCUGUAGAUAUUAGUCCAGAAGCUAGAGCUGAAGAAAUAUUUGAAAAAAUGGAUGAAAAUGGUGAUGGUGUAUUAACACGUGAAGAAUUUAUGAAAGGAUGUAUGGAAGAUAGUCAACUUAAAGCUAUGCUAUUAGCUGAUGAUCCAAUUGAAUAAAAAAAGGAGAACAAUCAUUAUAUAAAUAAUCAACAAUAACAAAUAAAUAAAAAAAAAAAAAUGAAUCAACUGUAAACAAGUAAACAAACAAAGAAUUCUAUAACUAACCAUUUC